AUUUUCUAUUUCUGUUUAAUUUUCUUUUCUGCUAUUGGAUUUUUGAAGUGUUGUUGUAGCAGCAGUAAUUGAUUUUGUUGGUAAUAGUUACUGUUAGUGCUUAAUUUGAAGAUAAUUAAUCUAAUUAAGGAGAUUAGGGUUUAGGAUUUUGAAUAAUUCGAACGUGAAAAUUACAUUAAGGGAACCUCUAUUCUCUUUCCCUAACCUAUUCCAGUUUUCCUAACCCUAAACACAGCAGCGCCGCACGUUCUUCUUCUUCUUCUUCUUCUUCUUCUUCUGAUUUUUGGUCUUGAAGUGUCUGAUUGCUAAAAAAAGCCAUGGCUGAAGAAGCAGGCAUGUUUAUGGUUCGCCAGACCGUAGGAAGUGUGUUAUGCUGUAAAUGUGGCAUUCCGAUGCAGCCCAAUGCUGCUAAUAUGUGUGUUAAGUGUUUACGCUCCGAGAUUGACAUUACGGAAGGUUUGAAGAAGCGUGUCAUCAUUAGACAUUGUGAUGAGUGCGACACCUAUUUGCAGCCGCCUUAUACGAGGAUUAAGGCCCAGUUAGAAUCCAAGGAGCUGCUGGCAUUUUGUAUUAGAACGUUGGACUUGAAGCGUUCUGGUGUGCAUUUAGUUAAUCCAGAGUUUAUUUGGACGGAGCCUCAUUCAAAGAGGAUCAAGCUCAAGUGUACAGUUCGGAAAGAGGUUCUUACUGGUGCAAUUCUCGAGCAGUCGUAUGUUGUUGAGUUUGUUCAGCAGGAAUCUAUGUGUGAUUCUUGUUCAAGAGUUCAGGCUAACCCUGAUCAGUGGGUUGCUUCUGUCCAACUCCGACAGCAUGUUUCUCAUAGACGAACGUUCUUUUACUUGGAGCAAAUGAUCUUGAAGCAUGAUGCUGCUGCCCGUGCAAUUAAGAUUAAGCAGAUGGAUCAAGGUAUUGACUUUUUCUUUGGAAGUAGAAGUCAUGGCAAUAAAUUUGUUGAGUUUGUGGGUAAAGUUGCUCCUACCAAGUAUCGCACUGAUAAAAAGCUUGUAUCUCAUGAUAUUAAGAGCAACAACUAUAAUUACAAAUAUACGUUUUCUGUUGAAAUCCCCCCAAUUUGCCGUGAAGAUUUAAUCUGUCUGCCUCCAAAAGCUGCAAAUAGUUUGGGGAAUCUUGGUCCUCUUGUGAUCUGCACAAAAGUGACAAACAAUAUAGCUUUAUUGGAUCCCUUAACUCUUAGAUACUGCUACUUGGAUGGAGAUCAGUACUGGAGGUCAUCCUUUAAGUCUCUACUUACUAGCAGGCAGCUUGUGGAAUAUAUUGUAUUAGAUAUUGAAAUUAUUGCUCCUGAAGUUACUAUUGGUGGUACAAGGUAUGCUUUGGCUGAUGCCCAAGUAGCUCGCAUAUCAGAUUUUGGUAAAAACGAUAUCAUUUUCUUUGUAAAAACGUAUCUUGGCCAUAUUCUGAAACCUGGCGAUCAAGCCCUUGGUUACGACCUGUAUGGUGCUAAUACUAAUGAUAUUGAGCUUGACAAAUACAAAGGUCUAGUCCUUCCAGAAGUGAUCUUGAUAAAGAAAAGCUACGAAGAGAAGCGCCUGAGAAAACGUGGGAAGCCUCGUGCCUGGAAGUUGAAGUCCCUCAACAUGGAAGUCGAUGACUCGAGAAGAAAUGACCAAGAAAAGCAAGACACAGAAUAUGAACAGUUCUUGAGGGAUCUGGAGGAGAACCCGGAAUUGAGGUUCAAUGUAUCGUUGUAUCGCAAUGAAGAAUAUCAGCCGUCAGAGAUGGCGUCUGUUACCGAUGGGGAAGAUGCACCGACUGUUCCGCUGGAAGAGUUGCUUGCUGAUCUUGAUCUAAGUGAUAUGGAAGAUGACGGCGAUAAUGAAGGUGACGAUGGCAUGAAGGAAUGAGUUUUAAGUUGAUGUUUUUAAGUUUAGCUUGAAAUGAUCAUUUGAUCAGAGUGGCUAUGUAUUUUUGAUUGCUUUUAAGUGGAAUUUGGUUUUCUAGUUAUUUCUAGAAGCUUGAAGUUUGAUA